CUACCAGAAGAUUCCCGCGGGUCUCCGGUAGUUCCGGUUCCGUUCAUCCUCAGUCAGACCGGAGUGGACAGAACCGGGCUGCUCUCCGGUGAACUGGAGCGGAGGAUGCUAACUGUUAGCCUCUCAGAACAGAGACCGAGCGGCCCGCUGCGGGUUGAGGUUAGCUCUGAGGCUAGCCGGCCAGCUAACACAGCAGCUAACGGUAGCAUCAGCGGCCAGGCUGAUGAGCUGAGUCCUCCCUGCAGCGCCGACGGCAACCAAAGACGAAGAGGAGGAGGAAGAGGAAGAGGAAGAGGGAGGAAGGCGAUGGCGCCGGUGUCUGAGGUGGAAGUGUCCUCGGUGUCGGGCAGAGGGAGGAGAGUAGGGCCGCUGUCUCUGGACGACUGCCUCUGUCCCGUCUGUCUGGAGAUCUUCUUGGAGCCGGUGACGCUUCCCUGCACACACACUUUCUGCAAGAGCUGCUUCCUGGAGUCGGUGCAUAAAGCCACGCUGUGCUGUCCGAUGUGCAGGAAGCGAGUUUCCACCUGGGCUCGACUCAACAGCCGCAGCAACACGCUGGUCAACGAGCGUCUGUGGAAACAGCUUCAGACCAGCUUCCCCGAACAGUGUCAGAGACGACUCAGUGGACAGGAAGCUGCUGCUGAGGACGGCCUGACAGACUCUGUGUGCUUCCCCAGAGUCAGUGAGCCAGGUGAGCUGAGGAAGGAGUAUCAGGACCAGGUCACUAAACUGACGGAGGAGAAGCGAGUGCUGGACGAGGAGGAGAGCAGAGCCAGCGAGGAAUACAUCCAGAGGCUGCUGGCUGAGGAGGAGGAGUCGCUGCGGGAGGAGAGGAUGAGACGCGAAGAAGACGAGAGGAUGGCCAGGACGCUCAACCAGGAGCUGAACUCAACCUUCGUCUCUCAGGAAAACCUUCGACCUGCCGACGUCACCCCGGCUAAAAAGAAGGAGAAGAACGUCGGACACAUCGAGAGGUUCUUGUCUCCUCUGCCGUCUAAAAGCAGCUCGUCUGCUUCCAGUCUGACAGAUAAUAAGGAGAACAUCCUCGCCUCUCAGGUGAAGCUGCUGUCCCCCCCUAAACUGGGUUACUAUGGCAACCAGACCCUCAGCUCCAGUCUGGACGACGGCGACAGAGAGACGAGCAGCUCAGUGCCCCCCCACUGCAGGAAGAGCUCAGUGGAGGAGGAGGAGGAGGAGAUAGCAGUCAGUAAGCCAGAGUGUCCCUCCCUCCCCUCCUCCUCCUCCUCCUCCUCUGUGGAGGCGGGGGGGUUGGCUCUCCUGUGGAUGGGGGAGCGGGAGGCGGAGCUGCUGAGCCGGCUGCAGCAGGAGGAGGAGGACCGGCGGCUGGCGCUGCUCCUGCAGAAGGAGCUGAACCAGGAGGACAAGGAGAAAGCCACCAACCGGAGCAAAGGAUCCGCCGACGCUUACCUGCUCCGAGGGGGCAGCCGAGGGAAGAACAAGGCCGGCACACCCCCCCCCAGCAGACCCCCUAAAUCUGCAAAGACCUGCAGCAGCUGCACUUCUACCGUUGCUUCAUCUGUAAAGACUCUAAAGACCUCCUCCUCUUCCUCUUCGUCCUCCUCUUCCUCUUCGUCCUCCUCCUCCUCCUGCAGCAGCCCGUCCAGCAGAGGCAGCAAACAGGCCACCCUGACUGAGAUGUUCAGCCUAAGCAGCCGAGCCCCCUCCGGCCCUGCCCCCGCCCCUGCCCCCCUCCCCUCCCAUCACUGAACAUCCAGGUCUCAGUUCAGAGUCUUUUUCUCUCGGCAGAAAUGAACUCUGUGAAUAAAAUCAGCUGAAACGUCCUGACGCAAAAUCUGCAGCCUCAACUCCAACUGUCAUCUUUCUUUUUUUUUUUUCCUUUUUGUUGUUUAGAAACGGUGUGUGCCUCCUCCUCUGCUGCUUUUACACUUUAAAUCAGAAGUUAUAACCUGUAGAUUUGCUCUCAUUAGUAGAUGAUUUGAAUAUUUUCCGUUUCUUUGAGAUACUUUUUAGGAAACACUAAUCCACAUUUUUCACCACUUUCUAAACCAAACUUUUAAUAAACUGUCAAUUAAUCAAUAAUAAAAAACAAUCAUUAGUUGCAGCUCGUCACAUAAAACUGGAAGAACUAAAAAUAUCAGAUGAGAAAAAGAGACAAAUAUAUACUUUUGGUUAUAGAGUGUAAAUGUCACAGUGGGUGCAGUUACUCUGACUGUCCACCAGGAGGCGUUUUAUUUUUAUUCACACUUCAGGCUUUUCUUUAAUCUUGUUGAGUAGCUGUCACAGAGUUCAUAUAUAAAUUUGUUGUAAGAAAAGGGUUUUUUGGGUUUGACUCUAAAAGAAAAUUGAAAAAAAGUGCUGAUUUAUUUUUUUUAAUUUUUUUUUUAGCAGAGUUUUAAGUGUUUUAUCACCACUAACUAACUGCUGCUUUCAAAGACUUUCAUUAAAAUUGGUUAUUUCAGUUUUUUUUCAUUUUUUUUUUCAUAAAAGCUGUAAAAUCCUCUCGUCAUAGUUUCAGAUGCUGCAGCAGCCAAAACAAAAAAAAUACUAACAAACAGCUGCUUUGUUCCUCUGGUGCCUUUUAUUUUUUAUUCCUCUGAAUCAGUUUGAACAGUUUUAUAAAGUUCAACACUUUAACACGAGAGCUGCUCCUACUUCAGAUUUCUCUCCACUCUGAAUAAUAAUACUAAAGACUCGACUUUCAGACUCAGCUUCACUUCAAACAUUAACAUUAAAUAUAAAAAAUCUCUUGUUUACAUGUUCCUACCAUUUCAAAUGUUAUAUGACACUGAUGCCUUCAUGUUUACCGAAGACUGUUUGCAGCUGUUCACGUAAAAGCUGACAUUUUGCUGAAUUGACGGGAUGAAAAACACUGUAUGCAAUAAAUAUCUCAACUGAUGACAUCACUUUUAGCACCAAGUAUGAUUUAAAUAUGAGCUUUCAGAGAUGAUCAACAUUUAAUACUUGCUUGUUGAGUAAUUGAUUAGGUCUCAACUAUUAAAUUAAGCAUAUUUUGAUCGUUAAUUCUCAUUUUUUAAAGACAAAAAAGUCAAAAUUUUCUGCUUCUGCUUCUGACAUUUGAAUAUUUUCUCUAUGACAGUAAAACUUAAUAUCUUUGAUUCACAUCUUUCACAAUUUUCUGACCAAACAACCAAUCAGUGAAUUGAUAAAAGCCCCACAUGUGUCUAAUGAAGGUGUUAUGUGUGUAUUUACAUCUGAGUCCAGCUGAGACUGAUCAAUAUUCCUCCAGUCUGACAGAUUUAUAGUCUGAGUUAGAGUAUGUCUGUUCUGUAGUUUUUGUUCUUUAUUUUACUAAGAAAUUAAUAAGAACUGUUUGAUUUAAGUUGUUGAGAAAUAUCUGGAGAGGAUUUUGUGUGAGAGGUAAAAACAGAGUGACUGAUUUUGUAUCUGUAAAC